UAACAAUAACAUGAUCUAGACAAGCUCACUUUAUCUUAUGGUGCUGAGUUGCCUCUUUAUAUGUACCCCUGGUUUAUAGAUAAUAAAGUUUUUAGAUUAAUUUUUUUUAAAGCAUUUAGAUUUAGGCACAUGUCCUAGGGGAAAGUUGAUUCUCCCAAUUGUGAUGUAUGCAGUUGAUGGACGAGGAAGAUGAUGUGUUGCACCUACUCAUGGUGUGUGUUCGGAAUCACAGUUUGAGGGCAAAACUUACGUGUGAACUUAAUAAAUGAAAAAUGUCAUCGGCCUAUGGAUGGCAUGCCUAAUAUUGACACAAGCAACCACUCGCGAGGAAGUCGCCGAGGACAUCAUCGAGCGAGUUCUAGGAAUCCCAAAUUCUGAAAAGGUCCUUAACUCAGUGCUGGGGAGGUUAGAGAGGAACCGACAAGGGCUUUUGCAGCGGGCUAAAGCGAGAUUAAAUGAUGAUUGUGACGAUACUGAGGUUCUGCCAGAAUAUACUGAAUCCGUAGAGAACUCACGUGAACGAGGCAUGAGACAUACAUCAUCACAGAAACACGAUCGGAUCUGCCAAGUAAACAGGACCAUCCACCGUCUAAACACAAAUGAAUACGAAUACAGGCCAGCUUACUAUGAGGAGGUUCGGUGCAACAUAUCCUCCGACGACGAGGUCGGACAUAAAGAUCAGUUAUGUUCAAGUAUUGGAUUGUCGUGUGUACAGUGGAACAAAACAAUACACCUGACCAGGAGACGGUAUACAAGUGACUGCUGGGAAACGAAAACUCUCAUAAUACCAGCAGGGUGCGAAUGCAUGUGGCCUGUACAUAAAUUCGGAGCAAUAUCGUCGUACUUAUACGUUCGACCGUGAGGUUAAAAUUAAAACAGUUUUCCGUCACGCCAAUUUCAACAAUGUUUAUAUCAUCUGCAUAACUCUUCGCUUAAUACGGACUGAUCUACACAUAUUGUAGUACCUUAUAAAAAAAUAGCAGAAAAUAAAAGGAUUUUUUUAC